CAGCGCUUUGCAAGAGUUUGGAGACCCGGCUGCAAUGCUUCGCUGUGGACAACGGCAUUCUUGAAAAAUCCAAUCGAUCGACUCUUGCACAUAGGCAUCUUUCCCCGGAUCCCCCGACGGGUGUACGGAUUCGAUGUGAAAAGGAAGGUCAUCAGGAUGAUCUUCGAUGAGGCAUCUUUGCAUGCAUUGCCCAUCUCUCGCUCCCUUCAGAUCCCGUACUGCAGUGCAUCGUCAUCGUGUAAAGGAAAAAUUCCCAUGACCAAGACUGCUUUUCAAUCUCUGAGAGCCGCACUCAAAGCAGCUUUACCCUCCAAAUACCCCGGAUGCUAUAGACACAUAUGCCGGCCAACGCGCCCAACGUCUGGGCGUUUGGGGGAAAGGAAGUACCGCCCACCCGCUGCAUGUCACCUUACCCAUACUAACCGUCCCACCACAUCGCGUAGAUGCUCGCGAGAGAACCUAAGUGCCAUGCCUGACUGUCGCAUGUACAGCCUGGCAGGAUAAUAGGCUACGCAUCUGACAUUUCCCCGCUCUUUUCC